AUGUGCUUCCUGAACCCGCAAGGAGCCGAGGCGGAUGCCCUCAUGGUGAACUCCGGCUGGCAGCGGCCUCCGGCGCAGGGGCAGGAGGGGCCCUGGCCGGGGCGGGCAGCGUCGGGAGCGCGCGGGCAGGGCUGGCUGCAGCCGACGGGCCACGACACGGGCGUCAAGGUGUACAACAGCCUCACCCGGAGGAAGGACCCCUUGAUCGUGGGCAGCGCGGACGCCGUCUCCUGGUAUAGCUGUGGACCAACUGUCUACGAUCAUGCACACCUUGGCCAUGCUUGCUCAUAUGUUAGAUUCGACAUCAUUCGAAGGAUCCUCACGAGGGUUUUUGGGUGCAACAUCAUCAUGGUGAUGGGAAUCACGGAUGUGGACGAUAAGAUCAUCAGAAGAGCCGGCGAGGUGAACGUGUCGCCAGCGGCUCUGGCCAAUCUCUAUGAAGAGGACUUUAAACAAGACAUGGCAGCCUUGAAGGUUCUCCCCCCGACCGUGUACUUGAGGGUGACUGAGAACAUUCCUCAGAUCAUUUCUUUCAUCGAAGGAAUAAUUGCUCACGGGCAUGCUUAUUCGACAGCACAAGACCCGAGCGACUUCGCGCUGUGGAAGGCCGCUAAGCCCGGGGAGGUGUUCUGGGCCUCUCCCUGGGGAAGCGGGAGGCCCGGCUGGCACAUCGAGUGCUCCACCAUCGCGAGCUCGGUGUUUGGGAGCCGGCUGGACGUCCACUCAGGCGGGGCGGACCUGGCCUUCCCGCAUCACGAGAACGAGAUCGCCCAGUGCGAGGCCUUCCAUCGAUGCAGGCAGUGGGGAAAUUACUUUCUGCAUUCCGGGCAUUUGCAUGUGAAAGGCAAAGAAGAAAAAAUGUCCAAGUCGCUGAAAAACUACAUCACUAUUAAGGACUUCCUCCGGACGGCCUCCCCGGACGAAUUCCGGCUCUUCUGCAUGCGGACCGGCUACCGGUCAGCCGUGGACUACAGCGACGGCUCCGUGCUGGAGGCCAGACGCCUCCUCCAGGCAGCAGCAGCGUUCGUCGAGGACGCCCGGGCCUACGUGAAGGGGCAGCUGGUGUGUGGCCCCGUCAGGGAGGACGUGCUGCGGGAGAGGCUCCGCCACACCAGGGAGGCGGUGAAGGCUGCGCUGGCGGACGACUUUGACACGCCCGCCGCGGUGGACGCGGUCAUGGCCCUCAUCCACCGCGGGAAUGCCCAGCUGCGGGAGCGCACCCAGGAGCCCAGCGGUCCCAGGAGUGCGGCUGUGUUCGGCGCCAUCGUGUCCUACGUCCAGCACUUCUUCGAGACCGUCGGCAUCUCUCUGGCAGACAGACAGCACGCUUGCGGGGACGGCAGCCAGGCAGCACUGCACAGCGUGGUGGAGGAGCUGGUCCGCUUCCGGCUCAAGGUCCGGCAGUUCGCACUGGCCGGCGGCGCGGCCACCAGGGAGGCCCGGCAGCCCCUGCUGGAGGCAUGUGACGCUGUGCGCCAGGACCUCGCCGCCCACGGCAUCAGCAUCAAGGACAGGAGCGGCACGUCCACGUGGGAGCUGCGGGGUCCCAGGAGCGGAGACCCUGGACCAGGGAGCUGAGGCCUCCCCCACUCGGCUCUGUGGGCCUCGGUCACGGUAAAGGCUUUACAUUAAAGUUUCCCGUCACGGCUGUUCAGUGAACACGACAGUAAAUCACA